UCCGUCCGUCCGUCCGUCCGUCCGUCCGUCCGUCCGUCUAUCUAUCUAUGUGCAACUUUCCAGGACAGUUUGUGAAAUACUGUAUGUUUUCUUUGUGUGCAACUUGCUUUAUUGGUUUGCAACAUUUUGGCAGGAAAAUAACUUAACUUGUCAAAAAACUAGGCCACUAUUAUAUAAAACUAGUGGCCUAGUUGUAGAAACUAGGCCACUAGUAUAUAAAACUAGUGGCCUAUUUUAUAUAAACUAGGAAGUGACCCAGUUUAUAAAAACUAGACCACUUCCUUGUAUGCAUUGUAUAUAUAGUGAGGAGAACUGGUGUGGCAGACAUACAUACAAGAACAGCUGAAGAUGAAGAUUUCUGUGGCCGCAUUAACUUUCUUUUUCUUGUCUUUGCAUGCGGCUGAAACCACAGCUCAGCCAGGAGAGGUCAGUGACAGAGAUGAUGGCAUUGUUCAGUCACCUGGAGGCCAAGACUGUUGCGUAGCCGAAAGCCAGAAAAACUGCUGUCAACUUUUUGUCAGCUUAAGAGAACUAGAAACCAAACUUAGAGACACGCAGCGAGAGAUGGAGGUCCUGAAGUCACAAGUUCAAGGCAACAAGGUAGCAUUUGGCGCAUCCAUAAGUACAGGUGGCAAUAUAGGACCUUUUAAUACCGGCACCAUACUGGUCUACAAAAAGGUCUACUUCAACACAGGAUCAUUCAACCGGGGAACAGGCAUUUUUACAGCUCCUGUCAGAGGAGUCUAUUACUUCAGCUUCUCUGGACAUAAUUUAUCAUCUAAAGCAAUGGGCCUACAACUGAUGAAGAAUGGAGAGCAGAUGGUCACUGUCUACAACCAUGUUGCUGGAAACCGUUAUGAGACAGCAACCAAUGGGAUGACUCUGCAGCUUGAAGUUGGAGACCACGUUUACAUGAGACUGCGUGAAAACACCUGGAUUUUUGACAAUUCAAAUGAUCAUAGUACCUUUAUUGGUCAUUUAUUAUUUCCUCUGUAAGGGUUGUGAACAAUUAACAUCUUUUAUUAAAAGUAAAAGGACAAAAGUGAAUUAGAGUUUGUUUUCAGUAAUGCUUAGUAAAAAUACUUCUUGUUAGAGGCAUAUUUUUGAGCAAAAUUAGAAUCGGUUUAUGUUGUGUCUUAAAUGUGAGACACUAUGAUUUAUGCAUUUUCAGCAAAUUCAAAAUCAUAUUUGACCUAUUAAAUUAUUGGUAAUAUUUUUUUCAUUUAAAAAAAAUCUGAUUUAAAGAAUGUUUUUUAAAAAAAUCCUUUUGU